CGAAAUUGCUUAAUAUCCUCGAGAAAUCGUGAAAACUGUGUUGUGAAAAUCAGCCACUUCGGACUAGCUAAAGAUGUUUACAUCAAAGACUAUUAUCGGAGGAGAAGGCCUGCUUCCUUUUCGUUGGAUGGCACCGGAAUCUUUGAUAGACCGAAUAUUUACUUCACAAAGCGAUGUUUGGUCAUUCGGGGUACUAAUGUGGGAAAUUACAUCGUUGGGACAACAUCCCUAUGCUGCCUUAUAUAGUUUUAAUGAAGUAAAGGAGUAUGUGUGUGCAGGGAAAAAGUUAUUCAAAUCCUAUCACUGUCCAGAGAAAUUAUACGAUUUGAUGCUAAAUUGCUGGAAUGCGGCAAAUAAUAGACCAAAUUUCAUGAGUUGUCUCAAAACUAUUGUAACCUUAAGAAACGAAAUAGAAGACACAAUCCUGCAUUCAUCUCCGCCUUUCGAAUAUCGUCCGACAGCGGAUUUUCUCUGAAGCACAGCCAAUCGUAUUUGUAUUUUUGAACUUUUAACUGCGAAUCAUGCUUCAAACAAUAUUACAUAGACAUAAUUAGUUUUUUGUAUGAACAAUUUUUGAGAUCUUUGAUCGUCGUUAAUAACACUGUUCAGUAAAAAAAAACACCGGUACGAGACUAAAUGUUUCUUAUAGUAUUUUUGACGCUGAACACAAAUCUGUCUUAAAAAUUGCUCCAUCACGGCACAAUUUAAAAAAAAUUGCAAUUGUAAGAAAGUGCUAUUUUUUCAAAUUUUGUCAUAUUAUAACUACAAUAUAUGUGACGUACUAAAGAAGUUUUCUUGCCAUUAUACUAAGUAUGUUGACAAUUGAUUUUGUAUUCAUUGUUAGUGACCUAAAAGACCUUUAAGAAUAAAUAAACAUAUUUUAAAACUGUCUGUAGUUUGCGUCAACCUAAGAAACCGCUAACUUCUGCAAUACCUUACAUUCAACUGUGGAUAUAAUAACCGACACCGAAAAUUCUUACUGAGAGUUGAAAGUCCUAAUUUACUUUAUUUUUUCUCGUUCCAGUGUUCAAAAACCGUCAUUUCUUUGUUAAACAGUGUUAUUAAGAAUCAAUUUAAUUUGACGUUGAGUGUACAUAAUUAAAAGAAAUAUAUUAAUUUUUCAAUAUCAACAAAUUUAUAAAUUGAUGGUAAAAAAUCAUUAUAAUCGAUUUAUGCGAAAAAAUUGAAAAAAUCACAUUCAAAAAUAAAAUCUCGUAAAUUACACGCGCACGCACAUGUACAUGCACACUUGACUUAUUACAAUAAAUCUAUUGGAGAACAUAAA